CUUGGCGCCUCGUUCGAAGUUUGUCGUUUUUUUCCGCGUGGUUUUCGUUUUUAUUAUUCUCUCUAGUACUCCCACUUUUCAGGAUAUAUCCUUAGUGUCACCGAUUACUAAUACAAAUAGAAAUAUUUGUGUUAUAUCUGAACUUACCUUUAUAGUCACAGGAUAUUAUCCUUGCUACUUUUACUGUUUCAGAUUACUGAUUAAGGUAUUACCACAUCGAGCAUCUGACUCUCAGUGCCCAUAUUACUCCUGUCUUUUGUUUUGACAUAAAAUCAAACAACCUAAGUCUCAUAUACUUGCAGUCCGACAGUUCUGUAUUGAAUUUAUACAAAAUGCCAGUUAAGCUAUCGAAGCGUCGUGCUUCAUUAUCGGCUGAAAACUUCAGCAAAAGACAUAAAUCUAGCAAGCCUAAACAGCAUGGCACUACACUUUCCCCUGAUCUGACACAGGUGCUAAAUAUGUCAAAAUCGGAUAUCAUUACCUCUUCACCUUCUUGCGUUAUAAAUGAUUUUAUCAGGGAUAUUUGCAAUAGUACAGGUUGUGAGCCAAGCAUUUUGGACUCUUACCAAGUCACACUAGCUGUUAAUAAAAAGCCUGACACUGGCUCCUCUGAUGUGGUUGAAUCUACACCCUCCAUUUGCCAUACUCAGGAUUGUCAGUCAGAAGGUCCGAACACACAUGUGGCCUCACUAUCAUCGAUACAUACUAAUAUCAAAUCUUUUGACUGUGUCAAAAGAAAUGUUAACUCCCCCAAAUGCUUAGUAACCUUAGACGUUGACCUUGAUAAUCAUUGCAAUACACAGGCAGAUUUACUGUCAUCUAGUUCCAUUCAAUUGGAUGCUUUUGAGCAGGCUACACAUAUGCCGGCACAGAGGGCAGAAUGCAGCACCACCGCUACUGUUAACGAUAAAGCCCCCCAUCGCAAGAAUUUCCAUCGGUCAUCAGUAACCCAUGGACACCAACCUAAUGCCAAAUUUGAAAAAACAAAUUGCUCUUUGCCUACGCAAAACACAUCCAACCAAUCCAAUAGCCUGGAUAGCACAAACAUCCUUCCGUUAGUCCAUGAUCUCUUACCCCUUAGGUAUCUGAUAAAGCCUGCUGACUAUCCUGACUAUGAUACGCUACAGUCUUGUGAGAGAAUUAUAGACCAUAUUUCCACGGAAGUGAUCAAACGGGUUCAGUGCAUGUAUAAUGCAAUUGUUUUCAAUGUGCCCGACAGUACGAACAUUAAAACACUGAAAAACGCACUUCUAAAGGCAUGCGAAAUACCAGAUUCCCAUUGUACCUGCAAACGACUGCGUAAAUCUUCAGCUAAUACAUCUUGUCCAAUAAUGUUCGAGUUUAAUAGCAUUGUGGAUGCUAGUCGCUUUGUAAAUAACCAGCAUCUCUUUAGGAAAGCAAGUAGCUUUAAAAAUGUACGUAUUAUUCACGACAGGACACCAAUCCAGCGUCGUGCCAAACAAAGUAUCCCAGCAGAUGAAAUAAAUAACCAAAAGGAUACAACCGGCCCCACUGAUGUCAAUACAAAACACCACCUAAACCUUAAAAGAAGUCCUCCACCUAGUGACCCUAAAAUGAAGCUUGAUAUGGUUACCAAUACUAAAUCUAGUAUUUCUCCAGUUGUUAAACAACCUAAAAAGCACUCAAUUGCUGCAAAAGAUAUCAAUAAAAAUCUCACUCGCCAUGCUAGAACUAUCGAAAACCCUUGUAAUAUCUUCACAUCUAGCUCUAAGAUUCCGAAUAAAAAUGUAAGGAACAAAACUCUUAUGCCUGGCAUACACUCCGUCAAGCCUGAUUCAGCGUCUCCUAUUACUCAUACGCUUAAAUCUCCCAAAAGGACGUCUCUGGUAUCAAAUAGAACUGACACUAGUCAACCUAUCUCAUUCUCUUUUCCUCACCAUUUUAAUACAACCAGUUGCAGCUACCCAACUUCUACUAUAAGGUUGCGUAAUACCAAAUAUAACUAUGCCCAUAUUCCUGGUGCACAGCCACAUGGACUCAAUCGCCUAAACUUUCAGCAUAGCCUGCUUGGGGAUCCACCCAGUAAAUGCUACUUCCCCAGAAACACACUCCCCCGACACCAAAACAGUCUUUACAACUUUCCAACUAAUCAAUCCCCUCACCAUUUUUUCUCUUUUCCGCACCCGGCAGUAAUGCCACCAAUCAACCUGAUGUCAAACAGUCUGUUUCCUUACUCUCAAAUGUGCCCUCUUCAGACACCCAGGAUACCCCAGUUUCCGUAUGCCCAUCUCCAUGCGAUCGUGAACUGAGUGAUCUACCAUGGAAACCAUCUUCUUUUUCACAGAACCUUAACGAAAACGAUGAAGGCUUUAUGGACCGAACACUCGAUGUACCGGUCAGACUGUCAUCUAAUUUUCAUUUAACCUCAG